GCGAACGUUCUCCACGCUGCUGCAGUCGCGUCCGCGAGUCUGAUCGCGCAGGUAACGCGUAGGAGUGCGAACCAAAAGUCCGAGAAGCCGAGUGAAUCCGGAGAGAAGAAACAUCCAGGGAGCCCGAAGAAAAAAUAAAUAUGGAGUCGACGAGACGGUAUCUCGUCCUAAUCUCGGUGGGAAUAUUAUGGAGUUGCGUAUUAGGUCUGCAACGACCACCACCGAGGUAUUCUCAGCAAUACAUGCCGGAAACCUCGUUCUCCUGUCGCAACAAGAUUGUCGGCAGCUAUUACGCGGACCCUGAGACCGACUGCCAAGUCUUCCAUGUCUGUGUCUCUGUGGCUGGCACUAUUCAGGAUUAUAAGUUCCUCUGUCCCAACGACACCGCUUUCGAUCAAGAGAGUCAAACCUGCGCGGACUGGUACGAUGUGGAUUGCGAGGCCGCGACCCUCUAUUACGCCAGCGAUAACUUCGAUUUAUACAGAAUCGGUUCCGGUCUGGAGUCCGUGAGCUACGACAACUUGCGUAGCUCCGACGCCGAGCCCCAGGAUCAUCUUCAACGCAGCGAGACCAGCGACGCGGUACGAUCCUCCGCGAACACGGUGAAUCGAGUAUCCUCGUCCAACUACAACAAUCGCGAGGUACUGCGAAGUAGCAGUAGCGGCAAUUUCUAUAACAGAAACAACAAGGAAGACGAAUACGAGAACGAGAAAUCGUAUAAGGAGGAUCAAGAGGCCGCCAAGAAGAAGGUUAGCGGCGUUAGAAAGGUCAGCAGGAAGCAACAGUACACCGGUAACGGCAGCAACAACUAUUCGCCAACGACCACCACCUCGGCGCCAGUCGUAUCCAAUCAUCAGAACACCUACAACGGCAAUUAUUACAACAAUUACAAUCAACGAUCCACGACAUACGUUUCGUCAACGACCGCCCGACCUCAAGAAAACUACAACAGCAGGAAUCAGAAUACGCAAAGAUACAGCGUACCGUCGUCCACGUAUCGACCUACCACGACGUACCAGGAUACGUACAGUAACCACCAGUCACCCAGCACGACUGCCAGAACAACUCCGAACAGCGUCUACAACACGAACCUCUACAACGUCUAUAACUCAAACAACUACAAUCAACAGAACACUGGCAGUUCCGUUCAAGCCACGACGCUGAAACCGACCUACAGUCCAAAGAUUUAUCAAUACGCGCAAUCCACCACCGUUCAGCCGAGUACUAAUUACCAGACCAGCGAUUACACCAAUCACCAACAGAGGAACUACAACAACAUCCAACGAGGAAGCAGUGCGGCAGUUGCAUAUCAAUCUACCACGCCCGCGCCUACCGUUUAUAACAAUAAUUACAACAACAAUAACAACAACAACAACAAUGGCCAGUACAGACCAGCUACGUCCACCAGUCAGGACAUUCCCCAGACCACCGCCAAAUAUUACGCCAACAAUUUCGCGAGCAAUAGCUACGCGCCCACCACUUACAGCCCGGCAACGAAGAAAUAUGUGAACGUGGACAACACUGUCGCGCAGACCGCAUUGAGGAACAACGACAACGGCCAAUAUUACGACAAAACGAGCCAAGCGGUCAAGCCCUCCACUCAGUACUACGAUAGCACGAAAACGCCCAAGAAAGCGACUCAAUAUAACAAUUACGACAACGCGAGCAGCGGCAAGUCGUAUUACAUCGAAACAAGCACGGGCAGCUACAACCUCGCGAGAUCUUCCGCAGGAAUCGGUUUCAGUCCCGCGAGUAUCAACCAUCUCGCCGAGUCGCCGAGGACCACGCCAGUACCAAGACGACCUUCUAUCGCUACCACCUAUAACCCGAAUAGCUUUAGUCCCAACGCUCAGAGGGCCGUUCAACCGACGACGACGCCGCGUGGGAUUACCUACGUCAGCGGAUCCGCGAGGCCGUUCUCGUCGACGACAAGAUUACCCAGCAGCAGUAGCAGCAGCGGCGGCGGCGGCGGCAGCAGCACGACAGCACGACCGAAAUCGGGCAAGAAGAACGAUUACGAUUACGCGUACUACGAUAACACGGGUGGCCUAGAGUACGACGGGGUCGACCUCGAGCACGUCACCAGCAACAAAGAGUCCACGAAAAUCGCGAGGAAUUAAAAACAGUCUCGCCUCGUUAUCGCGUCGAAUCCCUUGAGUCUCGUCGAUACCAGUGAUGUAAAAUAUUGAAGAGCAAGUAUAUCUCCUUGUAGUUUCAGGUAUAGGUAUUUUUUUUAAUACCUAUAUGCUUAUACCUAGAUAUAUAUAUUUUUUGCAACGAAACUGUAUUCGUAGACAGAUUUAUUAUUUUCGAAUAUUUAUUCUCGAGGUACAUCUUUUAAAGAAACACUUGAUCACAUUUCAAAUCAGCUUAUAUAAUCAAACAUAAUAAAAUUAUAAAGAUGAAGCUUUUAAUUAGCUGAAAUUAGGUGUACUUUUAAAGUAUCUAUACCUAGAUACUAAAAGUAAAAGUACUUUUUACAUCACUGAUCGAUAGGAGGAAUUAAUCCUUGUGAAUUAUUGUUUAUUAGUGGCCAGUCAUCGUCAAAAUCGGUCUUCGAUUAAGAUUACUCGCGCAAAGAGACGCGAGAGAGAAAGCAUAUAAAUAUUGAAUACCGAUUUUGACCAGAAAAAAAAAGAAUCAUCGAUCGAUAUUGAUCCACUUAAAUGCGUAUAUGUUCAAUCGAGAUUUGACGGCUCGUCCGCCGUUAUUAACAAUAUAAUUUCGUAGUUCAGUAUUCUAGGCUAAUUGUUUAUAUAUAUUCUACGAUGCUUAAUCCGCGCAGUAUUAAGCAUCGAUGUAUUGAUAUUACAAACGUUAAGAAAUUCUGAACAAUGUUAGCGCAAAAGAUUGUUUCGCCGACAUUCAUCUUUCCCCUUUUACCUCACCGUGUAAAAGAAAGUAUCGAGAUAACCGAUUAUUAAUAAUGCUCAUUAUCUUUAUUAUUGGUACAGUAGUGCGAAGUUUGAUUGUCGAAUCGUUAAAUUUCUCACAUAUUUUGUGCAUGCGUAUCGACAAAAGCCUGCACGAAACGUGUUCAGAUUUAAGAUUGUUCAAUUACCUGCGUCCCCCCGCCCCUGAAGUAUACGUACUGAGUGUAUAUACACUAUAAUUAUUUUAAUUAAGAAAAGCAUUAAAA